GGGGCGCAGCGCUCAGACCGCGCCAGGCACUCCCGCUGGCGUCCAGCAGGGGGCGCUGCAGGCGGCGGCCGAAGCCCGGCCGGAAGUCAGGCUGGAGGCUACGGGGCGCUUUCACUGAGUACUCCGACUUCCGCUGCUGGGGCCGGGCGGCUCUCGGUUCCCCUCAGGUCGCAGCUCCGCCGCCACCAUGCCGCUGGAGAACCUGGAGGAGGAGGGUUUGCCCAAGAACCCCGACCUGCGUAUCGCCCAGCUGCGCUUCCUGCUCAGCCUGCCCGAGCACCGCGCGGACGCGGCGGUGCGCGAAGAGCUGAUGGCGGCCGUCCGCGAAAACAAUAUGGCUCCUUAUUAUGAAGCCUUGUGCAAAUCCCUCGACUGGCAGAUGGACAUGGACCUGCUCAGUAAAAUGAAGAAGGCAAACGAAGAAGAGCUGAAACGUUUGGAUGAAGAGCUGGACGAUGCGGAGAAGAACCUGGGAGAGAGUGAGAUUCGAGACGCAAUGAUGGCGAAAGCAGAGUACCUCUGUCUGAUAGGUGACAAGGAAGGAGCUCUCACAGCCUUUCGCAAGACAUAUGAUAAGACUGUGGCCCUGGGUCAUCGACUAGAUAUUGUAUUCUAUCUCCUUCGCAUUGGUCUCUUUUAUAUGGAUAAUGAUCUCAUCACUCGAAACACAGAAAAGGCCAAAAGCCUAAUAGAAGAAGGAGGAGACUGGGACAGGAGAAACCGCUUAAAAGUGUAUCAGGGUCUUUACUGUGUGGCUAUUCGAGACUUCAAACAGGCAGCUGAGCUCUUUCUUGACACAGUUUCAACAUUUACCUCCUAUGAGCUCAUGGAUUACAAAACGUUUGUGACUUACACUGUCUAUGUCAGCAUGAUUGCCUUAGAAAGACCAGAUCUCAGGGAAAAGGUCAUUAAAGGAGCAGAGAUUCUUGAAGUGCUACACAGCCUGCCAGCAGUUCGGCAGUAUCUGUUUUCACUCUAUGAAUGCCGUUACUCUGUUUUCUUCCAGUCAUUAGCAAUUGUGGAACAGGAAAUGAAAAAGGACUGGCUUUUUGCUCCUCAUUAUCGAUACUACGUAAGAGAAAUGAGAAUUCAUGCAUACAGCCAGCUGCUGGAGUCCUAUAGGUCAUUAACCCUUGGCUAUAUGGCAGAAGCAUUUGGCGUGGGUGUGGAAUUCAUUGACCAGGAACUGUCCAGAUUUAUUGCUGCUGGGAGACUACACUGCAAAAUAGAUAAAGUGAAUGAAAUAGUAGAAACUAACAGACCUGAUAGCAAGAACUGGCAAUACCAAGAAACCAUCAAGAAAGGAGAUCUGCUGCUUAAUAGAGUUCAGAAACUUUCCAGAGUAAUUAAUAUGUAAAACUAUUUAAAAAUGUAUUUCCUUUAAAGGUUUUAUGUGGAACUUUUAUAGCUUUCUUCACAACGUGCCAGCUUCGACAGCAUAAAAUAAAUACUGCAUUGUUCCUUUCAGUUUA